AAUGUUUGUUUUUCUUCUCACAGAAAAUGAGUGAUUUUCACCUUGAUCUUAGCCCACUCAGGGAGCCCCUGGCUUUCAUCAAGAUCCUUGAGUGGUUCUUUUCUAUCUUUGUAUUUGGUACAUGUGGAAGCUACAAAGGUGCAACUACACUUCUAGUCUCGUGCAAAGGACUUGUGAACAAAACAGUAACGGCUGCUUUUGCCUAUCCUUUCAGGUUGAAUCAAGUUACGUUUAGUUCACCAGAUCCUAACCGAUGCAAUGGCACAUGGCCUGAGUUACACCUUGUGGGCAACUUCUCCUCCUCUGCACAGUUCUUUGUAACAUUUGCAGUCUUGAUAUUCUUGUACUGCAUGGCUGCUCUUGUGCUGUACCUUGGUUAUAUGCACAUAUAUAGGAGCGGUGGCAUUUUCCCAAUAAUUGAUUAUGUCUUUACUCUCUGUGCUGUUUUUCUGUGGCUGGUCAGCAGUACUGCCUGGGCAAAGGCCCUUGUUGACAUCAAAGUGUCAACUGGUCCACGCCUUGUGGAAGAAAUAGCUGCUUGCAAAAUACAAGGAUCCUCCUGUGUAUUUGCUUCCGUUACCAGCAUGGGAAGCCUGAAUGUGUCUGUGGUUUUCGGCUUGCUAAAUAUGAUUCUGUGGGCAGGAAAUGCUUGGUUCGUAUACAAAGAGACUAGUCUGCAUAAACCAAAUGGUAAUUCUCCAUCCUCUGGGCUCUAUCCACCUGCAUCCGGAAUCUAAACAGAUGUAGCGUCAUACCAAAACAGCCUUGUUGCAUUCUGUUUACAGUUUGAAAAUGCUGUGAUUCAAGUCCUUUAAUAGUAACUUUUUUUCAUGGAUCAAAAACUUCAAACCAUAUGCUCUGGAUUGAAAAUGUAGAAAAUUUGAAGGGAUGGUUUAUACUUCGUUGGAAAUUCUCAUUCAAUCAAACCUGAAAAUAGCCUUGUUAAAAACUAGAUGAAAAUCUUUCAGGAAAGAAUAUUUUGUACUGAUUGUAAAUAUCUGCAUUUGAUUUGUACUAAUUCUUGUCUCUCUAACUAGUACUGUUCCAAGCUCAUGUUGCACCUCCGUUCAACAUGUAAUCUGGGGAGUUCAAAAUAACUUGGUUGUGCAUCCUAAUGCUAAUAUGUGAUACCUCAUUGCUUAAGCAGGUUUGAGUUGUCUGGUUUAAAAAAAAAAAUCUGAAAUGGGUGUAUUUGCAUUUCUAAUUUCUGUAUACUUGUUUGACUGUUGCUUUAGAAGAGUAAAUAUUGGACACAACUUGAAACUUUAUGGCAUUUAAGACUGAGGCAGAUCCUCAAUAUUUAAGGUGGUAACCUGUGCCCAUUUUUAAGACAAAGUACCACCGGUGAUAACAUGUUUAAAAUGGAAACACUGUAGGUACUUGUUUAAGUGAGAGAUUCUGGUCCUGAGUGUACUAGUUACAUAAACAGGUGCAGGAAGGAAACACUGGGAAGAUGCUCCUAAUUAAUACUAAGUUUGCUGUAAAAACAAACAUGGCUGCUGCUUAGAGGAAUUGCCUGUGACACGCCUGUACUUUGGCUUCAGUUGACUUAAUAAAUCUAAGUUUCUAGG